UUCGAUAACAUGCUGUCCGUCAGGACCGCGCAAGACGUACGGUGUCCUGUUCUGCAAGCUAAGCUAUUGAAAGUCCCCGAGGUGCAACAGUGAUGAUUGCUUGUACCUGCAUCCAUACUAGCAUCGCAUUUUCGCCAGUUCAGGAGCAUUCAGUCUCUUCUCGCAUCACAGCCUCGUUGAAGACGAAAUGAUAUCUGGCUGGAGCUAAAAUGGGCCAGGAAGCAUCUCGAUACGAUGAAACGGAGAUCAAUGAUUCUACUCGUCUAGCUCAUGUGACGCGCCGUGAUCACCGCCAUAGUCACGAGAAUCAUGGACCAUCGGAACAUGCAGGUGUGGGUCGUCGCGGAUCUAGUGAACUCUCAUACACAAAAUCUCAUCCUCUAAGCUACCAAAUUGAUUCCUCUGGUGAGAGUCGAGAGGAGAACAGAAGCUCAAACAAGAAUAGAAAGAGACAUAAAAAGUCUAAGAAGCGUAGACGUCAGGAGGUCGAGCACGAGGAAUCGCAAUUAUCAGAAAGACCAUGGACGUCUUCGCCAGGUCUCUCAGGUGUCGUAACGACAGAGAUUGAUGCUCGUAAAAAGCAUAAGCGACGAAGGGUUCUAAUUGAGGACGCGCCGUCUGCGCCAGAAUUACAUGCCAGUCAUCGGAAGAAACCAAAGAAUGGGCGUCACGAUAAGCUCCCAGAGAAUCAAUCAUCACCGUCGCAAAAACGAGGCCACUUGGAACUCGAGACUCCAGUUCUCAAUGACUCCGCAAACUCUCUUAGCAAACCGGUUGGCGCUUAUGAGACUAGAGAAGAGCAACAUGGCGCCUUUGCGGUUGAUGGAGGAAUUGAACAUUUGUCGAAGAGACAAAGGAAAAAAUUGAAGAAAUCGCAACGUCGUCACGAAGCCGUAAUGCUCUCCGCCAGCGAAGCAGACCAAUAUGGGAGCCAACCAGGAGAGUCUACGGAACCCGUUAUAAAUAGAAGUCUCGAAACUGUCAGUCCGAACUCGACAUCCGCUACUUGGUGGCAGUCGGUCUCGAAAAAUAGUCAGUCCCCUCAAGGCAAUGCUCAUGAACAUGAUUUGCGCCAGAAUGCAAGCAAAAUUACUGCCGAAAAUGCUCAGGUAUUUCGAGACUCAAAAACGAUUGUGCCCACUGACGUAGCUACACGGUCCUUUCGGACUGAUUAUGCUGCUGGAGAACUGCCAGAGCCGGCUGUACAAUCAAAUUCGGAUGACCUGGAGAAGCACAUUUUCAAGAUAAAGAAAAAGAAGAAAAAGAAAAAGAAGAAGCCAAAAAAUAAGACUGCUGAUGAUAUUGGGACUUUAACGGCAGAGGCACAUUGGUUCGAAAGCCUUCAUGAAAGCGAGCAGUUCGAGGCCACAGAAUCCAUACACCCGAGGGCCCAAAAGAAGAGUAAACGCCGUUCGGGACAAGCUCUGUGUUCCUCAAAUGCAUCACCAAUAGGCACAUGUGACAAGAACGUGGCGGACAAAAGUUCUGGGCAUAAUCUCGAACAACCUGCUUUCAUUGCCAAUAAAUACCCCUCAAAGUCAUCAUCCGCACAAGAUGAUGAGCAAACGGUUAUCGAACCUGUUGGAAUAGAGAAGCAACUCGCAUUUCCAAAGUGUCCUGAGAACAUUAACCAUGCAGGAGUUGGCUCAAAGUUGAAUGUAGAGCUAUCUUCUUCAGUCAAGUCCAUCGCUGACAGUGAAGAUCUCAGCCAAAUUAUAGAGCCAUCUACUCGAGCAGCGUCAAUGGAGCUGGGAGAGCCUCUCGACAAUGGACAAUUGCUAGCCCACGGUGGCAUCAACCAGGCCUCUCGCAGGUCUUUUGGGGAAACGACUGCAAAAGACAUAGCGCUCCUUGAGCCGGUUGAUGUUCUCGAUGCCCGAGAAAAUACUUUGGCAUCCGAUUGUCCACCAUCUGAGAAGAGUAUAAUUCAAGUGCAGAGUCCAGUAGCAAACCAAGAACGACGUUUAGGCUGGUCAGUGGAUGAGUAUGAUACAAUCCUAAGUGCCGCAAUUGGUUAUCUCAGCUCGAAACCAUCGAAUUGGCGAAAAGAACUCACAUUUGACAGCAUUCGCAGCACAAUAGAUGAGAACCCAACAUUGUCUCAAUGGUUUACUGAAAUGGAGAAAGCUGGUAUCGACUUUGAUAGAGCAGAGCUUACACAAGUAUUAAAGUCUGCUGCGCCAAGCGCUGAUUUCGGCAUUGUAGAGCUCUCUACAUAUCAUGCUUCAACAGGAAAUGAUGCCAGCAACGAAUCAUCAGCUCAGACAGAUCUAAGAUCACGAGAUCUUGCCCUAGAUUACCUAUCCGAGCAACUAUUGCGACAUCCCACGCGAGGUCUUCUUCCUUGUUUUCAGGCUUUUCAAGUCAAACAAGUCUGUGAAGAAUUUGGUAUCCUCGGAGCACUUGAAUCUGGAACGAGAGUGCCAGAAGAUCCAAUAGAUACCGUUGUGCAAAACCUCUCGCGAAAGGAGAACACUAACGAUCAUCGUAAAUCCUUUUUGACGGAGCUUAGUACUGGUGGAGCGGCUCAGAGUAGUGAUCAGAGCAAGAUUUUACGUUCUCCAAGCAAAAUCUCCGCGAGUGAAACAGCAAUGGGAGGAGAUACGCCGAAGCUGGCACCUCGAAGGUCACAACGUUUGACUGCCUUAACCAAAUUGCAGGUGAACAGCACCAAAAUGUCGACUCUAAACGGAGCUCAAGAGUCUGUCUUCAGUGACACUGGGUCACUAAACAUUCCAAAACAACCGACAGAAGAUUGUCAAGUCGAACACCUUGCAGGCGACAUCGGUUUUUCGUCAAACGAAAGAGAAAGUUUCGGACACGAAAUAGCUAGGUGGUCAACUGAAGAACCUAACAAGCCGGAAUCAGUUGAAGACCAGGAUGACCAGGAUGGCCAAUUUAAUGAACCUAAUAUGCUCGGCAUCAAAGCUGUGGAAGAAAUGAGCUCUGGUGAAACAUUCUCGUUGAGCAAAAAUGGCAUGGUAGUGAUUAGAGUUUCUGUUUCGGACUCUCCAGCGGAACGCGAUUAUCAACGAUUUGCCAAAGCCCUCGUUCUGAGGGGUAUACGUACUGGACUACGGCGCCUUGAAAAUGCAGAAACGGCUCCAGUCGCUGUUCAAGAUGCUCCAGAAAUUGAUCCGUCUCUUGUCGAGGAGAACACGGUACCGGCCGAAACUCAGUGUGAUCAGAAUGACCAACAAACCGUACGCCCGCAAAAACCACAAAGCAAAAAAUGUUCUCGAUGUGGUGAAAUAGCUCGAAGGUGGUAUUUCAACAAGAGUGCUAACAUGUGGAUCUGUCCUCGCUGCUACAAUAAAGAUCUGAGGGAGAGCAAAAAACCGAAGCCUAUCGAUCUGCGCUCAGCAUUAGGUGGCGAAUAUGCACUUCCAGAGGAUUCAAUUUUGCUGUACGAGUUGCACGGCAAACAAGGGCGCUCUUUUGAAUGGAUUCAGUCUUACCUUGCAAAAAGAGGUCGACUAGAAACCGUUCAUGUCUUAAGCAAACGAUAUCAACGAUUGAAACGAUUCAUCAACAAGUUUUUGCCGCCUCCAGAAGGAGGAAAAAUUAAGGACAAAGAAAGGCCACCAAAACCUGAUAAUGGAAAGUGCGAAAUGUGCACUAAUAUUACCUCAAAGUGGUAUUUCCAAGAGAAACCGGAUGAUGAUAAGCACUGGAUCUGUAAUCGUUGUUAUAAUAAGGAAUCUAGAGAGAACAAGCGACCACCCAGCUUGGCUCCACCUACUCCUCUCCCUGAAAAACCUAGCGACAAAAACUGUCAGCGUUGCAGCAAACAACCCUACAAGUGGUACUUUGAUCAUGCUGCACAUGAAUGGAUUUGCAAAGCUUGCUACGGCCGUCUCUGGCGGGAGAAGCGGAAAGAGUCCCCAAUCGUAAAACCAAACUCGAGGAACACCGAGAAGCCGGUAGAUGGAAAGUGCCAAAAAUGUAACCAGGAACCAAAAAGAGAUAAAUGGUAUUUCAUCAAGGAUGAACUGCAAUGGAUAUGUAGCCCAUGCUAUGAAAGAGAAAGGUAUAAGCAAAGAAUCUCUGCUUCCGCCGAGGAUGCGGUUGAAUCACUUGGAGAACUGAACGGACAGCCCCAACAAGUCACAACUGGGAAUAAUAACACAUGUGCGCCUGUCUGUGCUACCGAGGAUUCGAUGAAAUCUGCAGCGGAGGACGGCACGAGGGAAAUGCCAGACACCGUUGUCGUUGAAUCGGAUGAAGCUGUAUCAGAGGACGAGAAUCAAGAUUGGGAUCUACCAGAGAAUGAUUUUGUUUCUCUUAAUACUGAGGAACGAAGAACGACGUUCAUGGCCAGAGAUACAAGCUUUUUUCGAAGAGCGGGGGAUACUUGAGUCUGUCGGAACGUGGAAGACCCGGCAUCAAGAACUCCAGAAACUGAUGGAGACAUUGUAAUAUGUACCUUGCAUAAUGACAAACCAUACCGUAUCUGCCCCUGUUAGCAGAACAAGCGGCGGUGGUCUGAAAAUUACUUUCCUUUAUCG